AUGCCUCUGUCGACCCUCUUACUUGCCAGCGCGGCAUCAGUCCUUUCAUGUCUUGCACUUCCAACCACAUCCACCAAAGAAAACUCCCUACAAUCUGCGGAAGAUGCUGUACCUGGAGAGUCAUACCUGUCCACAACCUAUACAGGAAAGCAGACACCCCUCGGAGCCAACUACACCCGAGUCAUUCCCCCCACAGACCCCACCGGAUCCCCCGCCCCCGACAAUGUCUUCUCGUCCUCCGAAUUUACAAAUCUCGGCCUCCCAAACAGCACUUACCGACGAAUCGCCGAAAUCCGCGACAACGAAGCAGGCCAACUCCGCAUCUUCCGGGACCAAAUCUCCAACCACUCGCUCAAACCAGACCCUGCAAAUACGAAUUCGGCUUCCACAGACAACCCCCAAGACCUUCCUCGCCCUACAAGUCUACAUCGGAGUCUCCAGUAUGGUCUUCCUCACUGGCCUCUCUCGCCAAGCCAACCUCACCAUCUCAAAUCCGCCCUCAUGGCAAUCGGCCAGGUCGAAACCAGCCACAACAUCUGGUCCCUCCUCGACGUCUUCAACACCAGCCCCUUCUCCGGCCCGGCAGACACCGUCUACCCCUACGCGAACCAGAUCCUCGACACCACAAACGUCUUCGUCGUUCCCGGUUCCUGUCCCAAGGCGAACCCCGUCUACCCCAAUCCCCGCCAGGGUCUACCGCUGCUAGCAUUCAGCAAGAAUAGCACAAGCGCGACCGAGCACAAGCGCGACCGGGUUCAAAUCGUACCGUUUGAGCGGAAGACGAACAGUUCGACGAUUCCGGAAAGGUUUGAUCCCGAGUCGAGUAUUAUCAUGGUCACUAUUGCGGAUCGGCGGGAUGCCCCCACGGAGGAGAGUGUCGUUGCCGGACCGUGGAUUAUUCUAGAGCAGCCGGAGAGUAUGACGUUGGAGGAGCCGACUGCUGUAUAG